UCUAACGGGGCCGGAGCUAUCCUACCCGUAUAUCGGACUACGCCAGUUCCUAUUCUGUACCGUGAAUCAGGUCUCCUCCCUCCCGAUUUAGAGCUGGACUCUAAAUCAAAAUUCGCGGCACUGCGCAUCCAACGCCUGGACUCUAAACACCCACUCCGGCAAAGAGCCACAUGGAUCCGGGCACACAAUCCACGAGUCUCCCAUCUUGCGGGCUGGGUUCUCCAAAUUCCGAACACUGAAACAAUCGACCCUCUGAUUCAGCCACUAUGGCUCAAAAGUAAGACACAGAAUAAAAGUGUAAUGCAAAUCACGCACCCUCCCAUUAAUCUCCCUUCUGGCAUCCCUUUUAGAGAUCUAACAGUCUAUACAGAUGGCGCUCGAUCUGAGAUAGCAUAA